AUGGCCGAAGUGCGACGCAGAAAGGAGGGCCUCGGUGAGGCUGCUGGUCAAUCUGAUUCUGUGAAACGGCACUCGUCUGCAGCUGAUUCUUCAGACCAUGUGGACUCUGAGGAGGAGAAAAUUCCCGAGGAGAAGUUCGUCGAAGAGCUGGCCAAGAAUCUACCCCAGGGCACGGACAAGACACCAGAGCUAUUGGAUUCGGCACUCAAGGAUUUACCCGAUCGUUGGAAGAACUGGGUCAUUCGCGGCAUAUUCACAUGGAUUAUGAUUUGUGGCUUCGCAUUGAUCAUCUACGGCGGCCCGCUGGCCUUGAUGAUCACGACUUUGCUGGUGCAGGUGAAGUGCUUUCAGGAGAUCAUCUCGAUUGGCUACCAAGUUUAUCGCAUACACGGACUUCCCUGGUUCCGCAGUCUCUCUUGGUACUUUCUGCUUACAUCCAAUUACUUCUUCUAUGGCGAGAAUCUGGUUGAUUACUUCGGCGUGGUCAUCAAUCGUGUGGAAUAUCUCAAGUUUCUGGUGACCUACCAUCGCUUCCUUUCGUUCGCCCUGUACAUCAUUGGCUUUGUUUGGUUUGUGCUGUCGCUUGUGAAGAAGUAUUACAUCAAACAGUUUAGCCUGUUUGCCUGGACACACGUCUCGCUGCUGAUUGUCGUCACCCAGAGCUACCUCAUAAUACAGAACAUAUUCGAGGGGCUCAUUUGGUUCAUUGUGCCCGUAUCGAUGAUUGUCUGCAAUGAUGUCAUGGCUUAUGUGUUUGGUUUCUUCUUUGGACGCACACCCCUCAUCAAGCUAAGCCCCAAGAAGACCUGGGAGGGCUUCAUUGGUGGUGGUUUUGCCACAGUCCUCUUCGGCAUUCUGUUUUCCUAUUUUCUGUGCAACUACCAGUACUUCAUAUGUCCCAUACAAUACUCUGAGGAACUGGGUCGUAUGACAAUGAGCUGUGUGCCCAGCUAUCUGUUCACGCCGCAGGAAUACAGCCUGAAGGUGUUUGGCAUUGGCAAGUCCUUGAACGUUUAUCCUUAUAUCUGGCACUCGAUUUCUCUGAGCUUGUUCAGCUCCAUUAUUGGACCUUUCGGCGGGUUCUUUGCUUCCGGUUUUAAGAGAGCUUUUAAGAUCAAGGACUUUGGUGACAUGAUUCCUGGACAUGGCGGCAUCAUGGACCGCUUCGACUGCCAGUUUCUGAUGGCCACCUUUGUCAACGUUUAUAUAUCGAGCUUCAUCAGAACCCCAUCGCCGGCGAAGCUCCUGACACAGAUAUACAAUCUAAAGCCAGAUCAACAAUACCAAAUUUAUCAAUCGCUUAAGGACUCUCUGGGCGAUAUGCUAACCUAAAUUUAACACAAAAACAACUAAAACAAAAACAAAAAGGAAAACAAGACCGGGCUCUGCGGUCAUCCAUUACCCAUUACCCAUUUAGAUUCAACAGACAACAGACAAGUUUGCUUUAGUCGUACGUUCUAUAUGUGUAAAAGAAAUAUUGAUAUACAUAUAUGCUAUAGUAUAUCUAGAAGCAUACGGCAUGCACCUUAAGCCGCCACAUAAACUAGUUUUAAUUGAGAGCAUAAUUAUUGUUAUGUUUUUAGUGUUUACGUUAGAUUUUGUUGCUACAUUUUAGAUCAUUUUCCCCCCGUUCCCGUUCCCCUUCCCCGCCCUUCCCAUCCCAUCCCCACUAAGUUAUAUAUAUUCUGAUUUGGCAUUAAGUUCUGUGUGCUGCUGCUCCCCUUCUAUUCUAUAUAGUUAUAUAUAGAUUUGUUGUUAAGCGAUUCCAUUAUUUUAAAGCUUAAGCAGAUCAGCAGAUCCAAUGCAAGAUGCAAAAUGCAAGACGCAAGACGAAGCAAAACCAACCAGCAGAACUAUGAAUUUAAUUUAACAAUCGAUUGUGCGCGUGUGCAUGUGUUGUUAGUGAAUUUACUUACUAUUACUACUACUACUACUACUAUGACUUAGAGAUUGACAAGGAUAGGACAAGGAUAGGACAAGGAGCUGCAGAGGCACCCACCCAGUGUUUAGCAUAAUCGAAGCGCAUUUUUGAACCCAUACAUACAUACAUCCACCUGUAACCGAAGACUUCUGUAAUGAUGUGCAAUUCCGUUAUGCCUGUCAUUUAUAGUGCAAUAUACUCGUACGUAUCGUAACUGAAUUCCA